GCCGUCCCAGCCCGCGUCGCGCUUGUGUCAUGUGAUCGGGAAGUGCUGGCGGCCAGUGGCGGAGGAAGCAGCGACUACCUGCGGCGUCCGGGCCCGGGUUGGACGGCUGGCGACAUGGAGGCGACCUUGGAGCAGCACUUGGAGGACACAAUGAAGAAUCCAUCCAUUGUUGGAGUCCUGUGCACAGAUUCACAAGGACUUAAUCUGGGCUGCCGUGGGACUCUGUCAGAUGAGCAUGCCGGGGUGAUAUCCGUUCUCUCCCAGCAAGCCGCUAAACUAACCGCAGACCCCACUGAUAUUCCUGUGGUGUGUCUAGAGUCAGAUAACGGGAACAUUAUGAUCCAGAAACACGAUGGCAUCACAGUGGCCGUGCACAAAAUGGCUUCCUAACGUCUCAGGUCUCCAGCAGCCUGUCAUAGGGACUCCUGCCCACCUGAGUUAAUUACUUUACAGAUUAAUAUUAAAGUUUAAUAGUUAGGCAACUUA